GAAAGAAUUACGUUGAUAUUUUAUUUGUGUCAAGUGAAGCGGGAAAUCCUCAACUUUGGAACGAYACUUGCCACAAGUGGGACUCUCUUCGGACUAAAAUAAAUUUCGAGAAGAUUGCUGUCAAAUAUGCUGUCUGCUUGUUUCAAGAGAUCUACCAGGAUCUUAAGGCAUCGUUUCAAUGCCACCUUUUCGCAGAAACUAAGAUCUUGUGCAAGAUUUCCUUAUCAAGAAGAAAAUGUAGGAAAAUGGUUUACAAAAGAAAUUCCAAUACCCCAUGAUCCGUUUCAUGUGAGAACAAUAAACAUUUUGAAUUUGACAGAGAAAUGUCCUGAUGCUGAUACCUUUUCUAAAGCAUUGAAAGGAGGAGACGUUUUCAGAGUUCUGUUCCAUGGCACAGACCAGAAAUCAGCACAAGACAUUAUAGAGAAUGGAGUUCGCCUCGAUAAGCUGCACAGCGAAACUGGACCAGAAGAUUUUAGCUUCGGUAGAGGAUUUUACUUAACAGAAAACCUUGAACGAGAAGUACGUGGUGCUUUAUUUUGGGCAUUCGAUAGCCCUUCUUGUAAUGCAAAGCAAGCAGUUCUGGUUUUUAAGAUCCCAAAUGAUGUUAUUGACAAGUAUCGCGCCAAUGCAAAGAUCCUCUCUUAUCACAAUCAGGAAGAGCUGAGAUCGUUCGUAGAAAAAUUUAGAGCUGGUGAAACACUGCAGCGAGAGUUGGAGAAGAUCUUGGAGAAUGUAUCCUAUGUGGAAGGGCCUGAAGUGAAAAUGCUAGGAAAACGCAUUGUUGAUGUUCUUGAAGGAACCCACCAGAUCUGUAUACUCAGUGAAGAACUUGCAAAAUGGUUUGACCGACAUCUGGACUCGGCCGUAUUCGUUAAUAAACAGUAACUCUUUCGAAAGACUGUUUUAGUUAAUUAAUUUUUUGGCAUAAUCUUACUGUUUAAUUUUUUUCAACUAUU